UGUGACUAUCUUUCAGAAUAAGAGAAAUGAAAAAAAAUAGAUAGGAGUGAAAAAAACAACAGCAAGGAGCCAAGCAUGAUUGAGCAUCGUGAUAAAUUCGCCUCUUUACUAAUCUCCUCUCUCAUAAUCCAUACAAUUUAUGCUGCAACUCAUUCUUUCGGCAUCAGAGAUGGAGAAACACUUGUUUCCUCCGGCGGCAUGUUCGCACUCGGAUUCUUCAGCCUCGGCAGCUCCACAAAUCGAUACCUUGGCAUAUAUUACAACAACAUUAAACCCAACACAUACGUCUGGGUCGCCAACAGAGAAGCCCCGUUGCCGACAAAAUCCGGCUCGUUAACAGUGACGGAGUCAGGAAUUUUACUGCUUCGAAAUGAAACAAACGGCACCGUUUGGUCGUCGUCAUCCUCUACAACGAGGAAAGUGAAAACUCCAUCUGUAGAGUUAUUAGACUCGGGGAAUCUGGUGGUGAAAGAUGUCGACAACGACGUACCUGAUACAGCUUUCCUGUGGCAAAGCUUUGAUCAUCCCACCGACACGUAUCUGCCUGGGAUGAUCAGCUUAGGGUGGGAUCUCGACAAGCGUGUCGAGACCUACUUGUCGUCGUGGCGGGCCCAUGACGACCCGGGUCCAGGUGAGUUCACUGCCCAUCUGGACCCGACUGGCUAUCCGCAGAUAGUAGUGAGGAGGGGUAAAACUGUCAAGUUCAGGCUAGGGCCGUGGAACGGGGUCCGUUUCAGCGGCUCCCCCGGGACGAGGAACAAUCCGACGUUGAGGAUGAACAGGGACGAGGUCAAGUACGGAGAAGACAACGUGGAAAAGUCGGUCAUCGCUCGUCUCACGCUGAGCCUGGACGGCGUAGGGGUGCGGUGGAUAUGGAGCGACGAGAUCAAGACGUGGACGACGCAUAAUCUGGAGGCAGAUGCGUGCGACACGUACAACGCGUGUGGCGCGUACGGCGUGUGCACAGCUGGAGACUCUCCCAUGUGCCGGUGUAUGCAUAGGUUUGUUCAUAGGGAUGAAGGGAAUUUGUCGGUAGGGUGCGUGGCGAGGACUGCGUUGGCGUGUCGGGGAGAUGUGUUCUUGAAGUACUCCGGAAUUAAGCUUCCGGACGCGCGGAACACCACAUUUGAUGAGCGGAAAAUGCUGCCAGCGGAUUGCGAGACCGAGUGCUUGAAAAAGUGCUCGUGCACGGCGUACAAGCAGUUGGAUAUUCGGGAGGAGACGAGUGGGUGUUUGUUUUACUAUGGGGAGUUGCUUGAUGUCAGGACUAUGCCUGUUGGUGGAGAUGAGCUCUACAUCAGAAUUGCUUCUGCUGACUUAGGAAAAGAUGCACAUCCUAAACAGGUGAAACUCAUAGCCAGUCUUGCAUCGAUGGCGGUGGCUGCGGUUCUUCUCUGCCUUGGCCUAAUUUUCUUGUGUGGUUGGAAGAGAAAGAAGGAUGCAAAUCCUUAUAAUGAAGGGAAAUUUAGUGGAAGCUUAGGCCAUGAUGCAGAUCUUCCAUUCUUCAACUUAUCAUUAAUCUUGAAAGCUACAGACAACUUUUCAACAGACAACAAGCUUGGGGAAGGUGGAUUCGGACCUGUUUACAAGGGUGUUCUUGAAAACGGACAGGAAAUUGCAGUGAAGCGCUUGUCCAAAACCUCGAAACAGGGAGUGGAUGAGUUGAAGAACGAAGUGAUCUUGAUAGCUAAACUUCAGCAUCGGAAUUUGGUGAGGAUGUUAGGAUGUUGCGCGGAGGGAGAAGAGAGCAUGUUGAUCUAUGAAUACAUGCCUAACAAUAGUCUUGAUUUUAUCUUAUUUGAUGAAACAAAAAGCAUGUCUCUUGAUUGGAGAAAAAGAUUCAAUAUCAUAACUGGAAUUGCCAAGGGACUACUAUAUCUUCAUCAGGAUUCGAGGCUGAGAAUCAUCCAUCGCGACCUCAAAGCCAGCAACAUACUGCUGGAUACCGAGAUGAACCCCAAGAUAUCCGACUUUGGGCUGGCCAGGAGUUUCGGAGGGAACGAGACUCAAGCUCAGACACGUAGAGUUGUUGGAACAUAUGGAUACAUGUCACCGGAAUAUGCAAUAGACGGGAUGUUCUCAAUCAAAUCCGACGUGUUCAGCUUCGGUGUUCUGGUGCUAGAAAUUGUGAGUGGAAAAAGAAACAGAGGAUUCUGCCACGAACAAAACCAAAACAGCCUAAACCUUCUGGGAUAUGCGUGGACUCUAUCCAAAGAAGGAAGGUCAUGCGAUCUAGUGGAUCCGUGUCUAGGAGGUUUGUUCGACUUGUCCGAAGCCCUACGAUCCAUCCAAGUAGGGCUAUUGUGCGUCCAGACAUGCCAGGAAGAUAGGCCAAGCAUGUCGGAGGUGGUUUUCAUGCUUGUUAACCAGGUUGAAUUGCCUGUGCCCAAACAACCAGGUUUCUUCGCCGGGAGAGAUGUGGGGGCUGGCCGGAGUUACAGUAGCUCGAACGCCACUACUUCCGACAAUCAAGUCACCAUUACCUGGAGUCAGGGUAGAUAAGAAGGGAACUGCACUAGAGUGAAGACUCAAGAGUGUGUUUAGAAAGAUCAUGUUUUUUGUUCUCUUAGACAUGUAAAUGUUAUUAAACAGUCAUUACAAGAAUAAUGUAAAUGGAAAAAUCCAGUUUUAUCUUUA